AUGGAUCACAAACUGGUGCUCGCCACUUUAGCACUGCUGCUCAGUGUCUCACAGGGCAAGCCUCUGAAGGGGGACCAAAGUGGAAAAGGUCAAAGAGAAAGAAGUAGCCCAAGGAUCCCUGAAGAUAAGGAUGUCUUCAGCAUCAUCUUAGAAGCCAAUAAAGAAAUCAAAGCGCAUAUGAUGGAGGGUGACAUUGUCGUGUCAAACUCCAGGAAUGCCAUGAACUGCCCGGACAACUCAUGCUUUUGGCCGAAGGCCUCUGAUGGAUUUGUUUAUGUGCCUUAUACGAUCUCCAGUGAAUACAGUGCUGAAGAGAAGGCAAUAAUCUCCAGUGCAUUCCCAGACUUCGAUGUACAGACCUGCAUUAGAUUUAAACCACGAACUACAGAAAAAGACUACAUAAAUAUCAGUCCCCAGAACGGCUGCUGGUCCAGUCUUGGAAAGCUGAAAGGCACUCAGCAAGUGUCCCUGUCAAAGGGAGGCUGUGUUUACAAAGCCACGGCUCAACAUGAGCUCAUCCAUUCGCUAGGCUUCUAUCACGAGCAGAGCAGACCUGACCGCGACAGCUAUGUCAGAAUCAACUGGCAGUACAUCCCAGAAGAGCAAGCUUCUAACUUUUACAAGCAGGACAUUAAUACCUUGGGCAUGCCAUACGACUACACCUCCAUCAUGCAUUAUGGAAGGGAUGCUUUCUCAAAUACAACUGGACAGCCUACUAUUGUACCCAUUCCAGAUGAAACGGUAGAAAUCGGACAGAGAAUAGCAAUGUCUCCUAGAGAUAUUCAAAAGAUCAAUAAGCUUUAUGGCUGCAGUAAGUACAUGCAAUGCGGAGGCAUACUGACUGCUGUGAGUGGAACUUUUACAUCUCCCAAUUAUCCACUGGAAUAUCCCACUAAUACAGACUGCACAUGGAUCAUCAACGCCCCUAAAGGGUACAAGGUCUCACUUACCAUCAGUUCCUUUGAUGUGGAGUAUUCUGAUGACUGUUCCUAUGACUAUCUCAUUCUCCGAGAUGGACCCAAGACUACAUCCCCUGUACAGCAAACCUAUUGUGGCUCUGAACCCAUUCCCUCCUUCACCUCCAGUGGAAACGCUGCAGUGGUUCAGUUCCACAGCGACGACGUAGAAGUCGGGAAGGGAUUCUCAGCCAAGUACAAGUUUG